UCCAGACUUGAAUAUCGUAUGAAUGACCUCUCAACUCUGUGUCAUCAAAUAUGUUAGGAUCACCACAACCUCAACUCAAAAGUGUGCUUGUGCCUGUGUUGUAUUAUCUGUCGAGGAAUGGACAGCUCGACCACCCCCAUUUCAUGGAGGUUCCCCUCUCCUCUCCCCGCGGCCUUUUCCUCAAAGAUGUGAUCAACCGCUUGAAUGCACUUCGCGGCAAUGGAAUGGCCUUCAUGUAUUCCUGGUCUUCCAAAAGGUGACUACCAUUAUUCCUAUUUACUCUUUUCUUCUUAUUUUACAUUUUAUACAUAUGAAUUACUUAAUUAGGAGCUACAAAAAUGGCUUUGUAUGGCACGAUUUGUCGGAGGAUGAUCUCAUCAUUCCGGCGCACGGCCACGACUACAUUCUCAAAGGUUCCGCAUUUCUCAACCCAACAUCCGCUCAAGAUUACAGUCGCCGCCGCAACCAAUCCUGUAGCUCCAUCGACUUCGACUCCAAAUCAGCCGACGUCUCAACACAGACAGAGGACAACCGCCGUGGCUCUCAGCCGGACAGGCUCAGCGACUCCAAGGAGCUCGAGAUCGAGAUCUCCCCACCGCCGUCCGAUUCGAGGCCCGAGACGCUGGGCACAUUGUUGAAAGCCGAUGGACAGGUUAGGCUGCGGCCCGAGACGGCGAGCCAUCGGCAUCAUCACUUCCAGCGGUGCCGAUCGUCAAUGGUGCUGAUGCAGUUGAUCUCGUGCGGUUCGAUGCCGUUCAGGGACUGUGGGACAGGGAGCGACCAGGGGAUGGUCGGCCGGCCGCGCAAGUUGAUGGCGCCACGUGGCACGGGAGGCAAACUGGGUCUGGAAGAGAAGGAGUAUUUCAGCGGCAGCAUAGUGGAGACAAACAAACGGGAAUUUCCUGCUCUCAAACGAUCUUCUUCUUACAAUGCAGACCGGUGGCGGUCCCUAAAUUUGGAAGUUGCAGAGAAAUAGAUGGAAAAGCUGAAAACGAAAUGCUUACCUAUUAAAACAAAGGCACACUCAUCAACCAAAAGAGAAGGCAGUGUUAGUACUACUGAUGGUUAGGCCAUCCACAACGCUGUUCCUAUACCGUUCCUAAACCGUUCCUUAAACUACU